UGACCCCUGCAUCUCCUUUUUAUGUGUGUGGAUGUGUGUGUGUGUUGGUUGGAUAAUCAGAUGAAAACGCGCGGCGUAUGGCUGCCCAGUUAAUCAUCUGCCCACGCCAGGAUGCACGGCUCCGCUCUGCAAAAUCAGAGAAAUGUUUCCGCCUGCUUGUCAUUACUGCUCUCCUGACUGCUGGAUGCAGACGCCGACGCGCCACCUCCGCUAAUUGUUGCUCAAGUUUGCGCUCUUGGCUUCUUAAUUGUGCCACUCAAAGUGUGACGGAUAUUAUCGGUUUGGUCUCGGGGGAAGCUACUCCAUAGGAUUUGGAGUUUUCUGCAUUUUUUUUUUUGCAUGUGUUUGAGCGCGCACAGCAUGCGAGCAGAGGGGCCGGAGGUCGGCGGAGCCCGGGACUGAUCCCUCGACACACGGUGCGCGCGUCCUUUUCUUGGAGACCUCCCGGAGACAGCUGCGCUUCGGCUCCCCCCCCAGAUCUCCUUGCGAUGUCCACGAGAAAGGCGUCGUUGACGGACAAACAGGCUAAAAACGGCACGUCAAAAUAUGUGUUGGAGAGAUGCGCCUCUGUCAAUGAAUAUUACGAUAUUGCCUUUAAGGUGAUGCUGCUUGGAGAUUCAGCGGUGGGGAAGACGUGCGUCUUGGUGCGCUUUAAAGAUGGGGCGUUUCUGGGAGGCAACUUUAUAGCCACCGUUGGAAUAGACUUUAGGAAUAAAGUGGUGGAUGUCGACAACCUCAAAGUCAAGCUUCAGAUCUGGGAUACUGCCGGUCAAGAGCGAUUCCGCAGUGUGACGCACGCCUACUACAGAGAUGCCCAAGCGUUGCUACUUAUUUAUGAUAUCACCAACAAGCCAUCUUUCGACAACAUCAGGGCUUGGCUCACUGAGAUACACGAGUAUGCCCAGAAGGAUGUGGUCAUCAUGUUGCUCGGCAACAAGUCAGACAUGGCUGCAGAGAGGGUAGUGAAGACAGAGGAAGGAGAAAAGCUGGCUAAGGAAUGUGGAAUACCAUUUAUGGAGACCAGUGCAAAGACGGGGGUCAACAUUGAGCUGGCUUUUCAUGCUGUAGCCAAGGAGCUGAAGCACCGAGCGACACAGCAGCCCAACGAUCCCAAGUUCAAGAUUCACGAAUACAUCGAUUCUCAGAAGCACAAGUCUGGCUGCUGCAAACAGGCGUAGCUGACGCCAAACACCAGGCAGGGGAGGGAGGAAGUGUGGGAUGGAGGGUGAGAAGAGGUGGAAAAGGCUGCAUUCUUUUGAAAGCCAGUCCCCAGCGUUGAAUCCUAAAAAAAAAGGUGGAUAUCCUCAGCUUCUACUCGGAGCAGCUUGUUUUGCCAAAUGAAAGCGAACCUGGAUGAGCUGCCAUCCCUUUUCUGAAAUGUGAAGUUAUAAAUCGUGCGUGUCAUGUGUAGAAAUGUUUGUGGUCUUUGUGGUGACAGUGGUUUCAAAACACAAGUCAGGAGUUAAAAAAUCUGAAACAUUAAAUAUUAAUUUGCAGGGAAACAUUUGCCAUUCUGCCCUCAUGGAUUUAGCUUUUUUUUUUUUUUUUUGCCAUGCAGCCCUGAGCUUGCCUAAUCCUAAUUAUAUCAGGCUGUGAACUGAAUCCCUCUUGGCCUUACAGUGCUCAUCUUUUACUAUUUGAGUUUGUUUUAAUAGUGGACUUGAGCCUCUUUGAAAGAAUUUAGGUAAAUGAUGCCAUCUGUUCACAUCUGUAAUGCUGUUAGAAUAAAGCCAAUAUUUUAGGGUGCCCCCUGUGUGUGUCUGUACAUUUAAUUCAGGGCCCCUAAAGUUACUCCACCGCUGCCGCUGCAGGUUGUUGCAUACAAAGACUUCUCCUGUCAUGUCUUUGAGUUUUGCCAUCAUAGAGUUCACACUCAAAUGUGCACAGCACUCUGGGCCAUAGUCGUCAUUGUCGAGAUCUGUAUUUGUUCACGCCUUGUGUAUCUUUGUAACACUGUUCAUUAUGAAUGUUUGCUUGUCAAACUUGCUUAAUGUCACAUUUGUCCCUCUUUCGAGGCAUCACGGUGAAACACAAAGUGCCAUAAAAAGUGCUUUGUUAUCAUAGAUAUAAAGUAUAUUUUGUAAUGUACGUGAUUCUUGAA